AUGAGGCUUCUCAAUCAUUUCCCGGGCCAAUUGGGUCGGAGGAUGUACGCUGCACCCUCUAGCGCAGCGAUUCCAGCCGCAAAGAAGAAAUACGUGCCCACCAGUGGCACUUAUCCCCAGGGCUUCAAGGUCUCUGGCACCGUUGUCGGAGUCAAGCCUAGCAACACGACCAAGCCAGAUCUAGCCUUCAUCACUUCAGACAGGCCAUGUGCAGCUGCGGCUGUUUUCACGAAGAACAAGUUCCAGGCCGCGCCCGUCACUUUUAGCCGGUCCCUCCUACAACAGAAGAAGAACUCGGGUUUGCAAGGCGUGCUCAUCAACUCGGGCUGCGCCAAUGCCGUGACCGGCAAGGGUGGGCUCGAGGAUGCCGAGGCCAUGGCCACGGAGGCCGACAAGGCACUGGGCGCUGAGAAGGCAACCAUCGUCAUGAGCACCGGUGUCAUUGGGCAAAGGCUGCCAAUCAAGAAGAUUCUGGACAACGUUCCUACAGCGUUUGGAAAGCUAGGAGCUUCUCAUGACCACUGGUUGACGUGUGCCACAGCAAUCUGCACGACUGACACGUUCCCCAAGUUGAUCUCCAAGUCCUUCAGCCUACCUUCGUCGCCUUCAGUCGAGUAUCGGAUAGCGGGCAUGACGAAAGGUGCCGGCAUGAUCCACCCGAACAUGGCAACCUUGCUGGGAGUGGUUGCUACUGACGCGCCAAUCUCGCCUGAACUUCUACCCGGCCUCCUCAAGGGCGCUGUUGACAAGUCAUUCAACAGCAUCACCAUUGACGGAGAUACGUCGACCAACGAUACUGUGGCCUUGCUGGCCAACGGUGCUGCUGGUGGCCAGGCGAUUGUGUCGGAAAGAUCGCAAGACUACGAGGCAUUCCAGGAGGUCCUGGCGUCUUUCUCCACCGACCUCGCCAAGCUCAUUGUCCGUGACGGAGAGGGCGCGACCAAAUUCGUCACCAUCAGGGUCACUGAGUCUUGGAGCGAGGAAGGCGCGCGGAAGAUCGCCAGCACCAUUGCCAGGUCACCUCUGGUCAAGACGGCGCUGUAUGGCAAGGACGCAAACUGGGGACGAAUUCUGUGUGCUACUGGGUAUGCUCUCGUCACCGAGCCGGGCGCCUCGGUGAAUGAAGUUGCGGAGAUCACCCCCGAGAAGACCAAUGUCUCCUUCAUCCCCUCUGAUGGAAGUGCCGAGCUGAGAUUGUUGGUCAAUGGCGAGCCGGAAGUCGUUGAUGAGGAGAGAGCUGCUCAGAUCCUGGAGCAUGAGGAUCUUGAAAUCCUCGUACGCCUAGGCACUGGUAAGGAGGAAGCGACCUACUGGACCUGUGACUACUCCCACGAGUACAUCACCAUUAAUGGGGACUACCGAACCUGA